AUGAGGCAAUGCCGCGCCAAGGAGCGAGCGAUCCACGCCUUCGCGAAUGUAGGCUGGGAUUCCUCAACGAUUCCAUCGCAGUGGUGUCAUCGAUCAUGUUCUGGCGCGAGGAGGAGGGAUUUCUUCAGCGAGGUAGGCGGUCCAAACGUUUUCACCUUCCUCGUGGCAUUCAAGGCGUGCAGCAUGGCGAGAGAGCUCGAGCUUGGCAGAAGAAUUCACGACGACGCUGCUGGGAUUGGAGAUCUUUCUAGCAAUUUCGUGGCCACCGCUGCCGUGGACAUGUACUCGAGCUGUGGAAGCAUGGCGGAGGCUCGCAGGAUCUUUGAGAACUUGGCAAAUCCAGACGUGGCGCUGUGGAACUCUCUGGUGAUGGGAUACGCGAGAAACAGGGAUAGCAAGCUGGCUUUGGAGUUUUUCUUCGCGAUGGACCGCGAAGCAAAUGCUCGGAGCUAUGUAGCGGGGCUCACGGCUUGCUCGGGCAUGGCUGGCGAAGAACAGGGACAGGAGAUCGAUGGGAAAGAGAUCAAAGUUAUGAGCCUGGAAAAGGGGAUGGAAAUUCACUCGCGAGCAGUGAAAGGUGGUCACUUGGGAGAGAUUUUCGUGCAGAACUCGCUGGUGGACAUGUAUGGAAAGUGUGGGAGCGUUCUGGACGCAAGAACAGUGUUUGACAGGAUGAUGCAUCACGACGUGAUCUCGUGGAAUUCUCUAAUGGUCGGAUCUGUGGAAAGUGGUGAGAUCGACUUGGCUCUCGAUCUCUUCGACUGGAUCCAUCGAAGCUGCGAGCUGCUGAUAAACCCGAGAGUCUACGUGACUGCUCUCACGGCGUGCUCUCGCAAGGCUAUGAAAGAAGAGCGGAAGUGCUCGUCCAUGCUGGACGCUCGGCGAGCUUUCGACAGGAUGAAAGACCACGAUGCUGUGUCUUGGACGAGCCUCAUUCUGGGAUACACAGACAACAACGAAGCCGAGCUAGCUCUGGAGAUCUUCUCGGCUAUGGCGGCUCAAGGCGUUUGCAAGCUCCACUCUGGGACUUUCGUGGCGGCCUUGACGGCUUGCUCGAGCUUGGAGAGGGUCCAGGAAUUCCACUCUCGGUUUCUGGAGGCUGGUUGCUACGACAACGCUGGGGCUGUCGUCGAGAACAGCUUGAUCGACGCUUACUCGAGAUGUGGAAGAACAGUGGAGGCAAAGUCUGUGUUUGAUUCGAUCGAGAGCCCGACUGUGGUCUCGUGGAACGCUCUCAUGCUGGGAUACGAGGAGAAUGGUGAAUCCCAGCUCGCUCUCGACUUGUUCCAGAUGAUGAUACGGCAGAGGCUGUGCUCUCCUAACGCCAAAACUCUCGUCGCCGCGCUCACGGCCUGUGCAAGACUCGGGGCAGCCGAGGAGAGCUCCAGAGAGAAGGCUGCGUUGCUUCAAACAGGCGUGUCCAUUCAGCGUGAAGCCGAGAGACUCUUCUACGACUCGGACGUGUCUGUGACGCGAGCUCUCGAGGUCAUGUAUGCAAAGUGUGGUGAAGCUCGCGAGAUUUUCCUGGGCGAUGAUGGUGAUGGAAGUCACAGAUAA